AUGCGCCUCUCAAAGAACGACUGUGCAACAAUCCGCAACAGGAUGGGGCCUCGUCGCGUAUCCUUUCCCACCGACUUCCACCUCCCCUCAAGACCGUCUUCCUCGUCCUCAAAGACAUCGUCCUCGAAGCAACAACCAACACCAGAGUCCGUCUACGAUGUCUGGCUCAAAUCCCGCGAACUCCCCAACCAGAAGGGAGUCUAUCUCGUACCAGGCGCCCCACGGCCUUUGUCCCUCCAGAACGCUCGUCUCGCCCUCCAGGCGUCCCAGAUGUGCAUCUUCGACCUCGCCUUGAUAAUCGACGAGGUUCAGAUCCUAAGAAGGAUCGUGGAAGGCUGGCUCGACUCGCUCCUAACCACAAAUGAAAAUAUCGUCUUGGGCUCCGCUCGUUUCUACAUCGAAUACAAGCAGAUGGAGCACCGCGUCCAUUUGGAUGUUCCGACCCUGGCCGACCCCCAAGUCCGGGACUUGCUCCAGGAAUCUGACCUUUUUGCCCGUUCCUUUAGCGGUGGCGGCUUUGGUUUCAUCUCACCUCUCGACUUUAUCAAUAUAUUUUCCCUCGCAGUUGAAAUCCUUUCACAUCUCUGGCUCCUGAUCUCCUUCACUCGUGACCUCUCUCAGCUUGGCGUCCUCUUGUUCACGGUCGUCUCCUCCCUCUUUCCCUUUGUCCUCGCCCGCUUCUCGAAUCCAUCAACAUGUUUCGACAAUCCGACGACAUCGAAAGAGGCUCGUGCUGCUGAUAAGCAGGAACGAAUGCGGAACCUCGCCUACAGUGACCAACAUCGGCCAGAAAUAGCCUUGUUUGGCCUCGGCGACUGGAUUCUUGCUUCCUGGAGCAAUGCUCGCAAGAUAGUCCUCGCCUCGGAGCAGCCUAUCACCCGAAACUCCACAGCCCACUUUACGGACAUUAUCUACGCCCUUCAGAAUGCGAGUGCCCCUUUUCGACUUAAUUCCGCCCUUCCCGUCCUCCUCCUCCUACAAUCAUCCGCUACCACACUAGGAGCCAUUACCGCAUACCGGACGUCCAUUCAAUGUGUCUUUAUCAAGCUCAGGCCUCGAUUGAUGCCGAAACAUGAAGACACCGCUCGAUACAUGCCUUCUCCGUCUGGAGCCAAGAUUGAAGUCAAGAACCUGUCAUACACCUAUCCUGGCUGUAGUGAACCGGCACUUCGUAACAUUAACUUCUCGAUGCAGCCUGGUGAGACACUUGCGAUAGUGGGUUACAACGGAUCAGGGAAAUCGACCCUUGCCAAGAUCCUUUUGCGUAUCGUCGACUUUGACAAGGGUUCCUUGUUCGUGAAUGGCGUCGACGUUCGCAACUAUAACCCCGAAGAAUACCAUCGACACCUCAGCGCCGUCUUUCAAGGUUUCUCCAAGUUCAACUCGACCGUCAAGGAGAACGUCGGCCUGGGCAAUGUCGACAGGCUUCGAUACAAACCUGCGAUCGAGGCUGCAAUCCAUUUAGCCGAAGCAGACACGCUGGUCGAGUCGCUUCCCAAUGGAUUGAAGACUUUGCUCGAAGCUCCUGGCUUCGAGUCGGUGUCGUAUCCUGGUGCUCCGGGGUACGGCUUUGGUGACAUGAUGGGCCCACAACGACAUGGCUUGUCCGGAGGCGAGUGGCAACGCAUCGCUCUAGCACGCGCGUUCAUGCGGGCGAAUGAACCUGAAGUGGAACUGUUGGUCUUUGAUGAACCGGUACGUUGUUUCGAUUCCUCUCACCGAUCCAAUACAUUCCAACUAAACGCCGCGAUCCCUGUGUCGUCACUCGUAACCACGCAGACAUCAUCCCUCGACGCCCAUGCGCAGAAUCAGAUAUUCGACACCAUAGCCAAGAUUUCAAAAACACCGAGUGGGGAUAGACGCAAGAGUGUUAUCUUCAUUACACAUCGUCUAUCGACUGCUCGAAGGGCGGAUAAAGUGGCUAUGAUGGAGAACGGCACUAUUUCAGAGUUUGGAACACACGAUGAACUUAUUGCUAAUAACGGUGCUUAUGCUGCGUUGUACCGCGCAUCCAUUUAA